AUGUCGGAAAGUAUUAACAACGAAGAAAAACUCGCAAGUGCCAAGGUUGAAAAGGAUAAGGGCAAUGAUUUUUUUAAAAACGGAAACGUCACAGAAGCCUUGCGACAUUAUCACCAGGCUUUAUUUUAUUUGAACGGUCUUCAAAAUAACAAGUCCUUUGCGAUCUUUAGAAAAGAACAAGAAGAAGAACCUAAAAAUGAUCCCAUACAAGAAGAAAUCAUGAAAACUACUAGCGUAAUAUAUAGUAAUAUGGCUGCGUGUCUUAUCAAAAAAGAAAAAUGGUCAAAAGCAAUUGAAUAUGCCGACAAAGCUUUGAAAAAUGAUUCGGAAAACACAAAAGCUUUAUAUCGUCGCGCACAGGCGCUAAUUAAAGAUGGAAAUACAACAAAAGCACGACAAGACUUGGAAAAAUUGACGGCAAAAAAUCCUGAUGAUGCUGCGGUCAAACGUGAAUGGCAGAAUCUUAAAGAGAAAGAAAAGGAACAGGACAAAAAACAGCGUAAAGAGUUGGCGGGAAUGUUUGACCGAAUGAGAAAACAAGAAGAGAAAGAGGAAGCAAAAAAGAAAUCAGGUGAUAACGAGGAACAAAAAACUUCAACUAAAGAGGAACCGAGAGCUUCGGAAGAACCAAAAAUUUAUGAAAUCAAAGAAGAUGAACCAAAAAUCACUGAAAUAGUGGAUGAAUAA